AUGCUGAAGUUUGCUGCCCUCGCCACCGCCGGGCUGCUGUUCUGCGCGGUCCAAUGCGUCAAAGUGGACUACUACGGCUCGCUGUACAACCCGAAGGACGAGCUGCACGCACCGUAUCGCAGCGCGAAGGAGGACAAGCAGGACUUUAGCAAAAUUCCCGGCGAGCCCGGCGUGGACUACCCGAUCUACCAUGAGGUGCCGCACACCAGCUUCCACUGCGGCAACGUCCCGGCCAUCCCCGGCAUGUACGCCAACGUCGAAACCGGCUGCCAGGCCUACCACACGUGCCACGAUGGGCGCGAGGGACACCAGGGCGCGUCCUUCCUCUGCACCAACGGCACGCUGUUCAACCAGAAGGAAUUCGCCUGCGACUGGUGGUACAACGUGAAGUGCGAGGAGGCCCCCAGCUACUACCAUCUGAAUGCCGACCCCGAGCACAACCCAUUCACGCCGAAGCGCAAGCCAGAGGACGAGCACCAGAAAUUCCUCAUCCACGUUUAG